GCGUAAUAAUUGCAUCAACAUUUAUUAAGAACAUUAAGAAUGUACUAACGUCUUUUCAUUACAGCUUUGCUGUCGCUUUUGGCGAAUCUGCUGGAAUGGGACGUAAAAUAGCUCACAUGCACGCGUAAAUAAGUAGACGCAUGGUACUAAUAAGUACUUCAAGCACUGACUUCAACAAUGAAGUUGCUAGUUCACUGAUUGAUGUAACAAUAGGUUAAAAACUGGCGAGUUUAAGUAACUAUUUUUAUAACGAAUGUUUAUAUUUUCGAAACCAAUGUUAUACCGAUCCAAAUAAGUUACGGUUUUACGAUGCUCUUACAAUAUUUAGUACAUUAACACUGGUUUCUAUUAUUCAAGAACAAGCAUGGCAAAUUGUCAAGUAGUCUCUUCUCAGACUGAGUGCCAGACAAAGGCGAACACAAAGUACUGUUGGAUUUGAACUUCUUAGAGAUCCAUUGGCUUUUAAAAUAUACAGGCUGCUGACAUCAACAUCGAAUAACGAUAUGAUAAUAAUACCCCUGCUAGCUGGUUAGCAUAGCAAUUCAAAGUUCUAAUUUACCAAACAUCAGUGAAUCUAAAAAAUGAUGGAAACUUGUUUCACUGAACUGUCAACGCGAACAUAUCAACGCUAUCGCGAUGUUUCCGAGAGGACCGGAGUUGCCAGAGUGUGAUUCAAAAUCCCCCAGCAGUGUCAUUUUAAUUAUUUUAAUGUUAACUGAGAUGUACAGAUGUAUGUAUGUGACUGAUAAUUAUAUACAUGUUUAUUUUUUAAUUUAAAAACAUAGCAACAUAUAUAGAUUUGAUAAAAAUGCUAUGCAUUGCGAACAAACAAAAAUACAUUUCUUAAAGUUUCUAGUCCUGCAGGCAGUUAGUGGGUGUGUGUGGUUGCCAUGACGCCGAGGGCUAUGGAUGUGUACUUGUCUACUUAUUUCUGCUGUUCAAACCCGUCUCUAGAGAAAACUUCGAGUGGAAACACGUUGACAACAAUAAUGGAAAAUGAAGGAUCUGGAGAAAACACUGAUGAUCUGCUGUCUGCAGAGGUGUAUGAGGGGGUUGAUGUUUAUGGGCUUAUACCUCUGCCACUGUCCCAUGAUCACUGUGAGGUUCUGCUGGACGCCAUAGACACGCAGCUGAGUCAUCUACAGAUCCAUAGCCAAAACCGAAUGCAUGGAGGAAGCCCCAAAAGAUAUGAAUUUCCUUUCUCAGGCUAUCUUGAUCGGAGUCAGUCUGUAAGUAAAGACACAGGCUUGGGGAGCACUGUUCCAACCAAUGAUAAAACACCAUCCAACCUUGGCGAGACUCAGUCAGAAGGCAAAGAUGACCAAAUAGAACAUCAGACAUUGGAGAUGUUAAAGGUUGGAGUCACAGCUCCAGAUGAGUGGCAUCCUGAGGGAAGUGGCAGCGUGAGCUCUGUGUCCAGGGUAGAGCAGUGUUGUUGGAGACUGGAGAGGCUUCUUGGGAGAAAUGCUGAGGUGGCAGGGAUGGGAAACGAGGAGGACGACCUCACGAUGGACAGCAUCUGCACUGAGGACUUCUCAACACGCUUUAGAGAGGAAAUGCUGGUUCCGUCGGCCUCAGGUAUCCCCAUGCAGAGUUUUGAUUCGGUCACCAUAGACACUGAUUUGGAGAGUGUGUGCUCUGAACAGGUUCAACAGCACCUGAACUCUGCACUUAGCAACAGGACAGUCACGCACUUUGCAAAAUAUGCAGACAAAGUAAACUCUGACCAGGAAUAUAAUGGCAAAUAUGCCUUUCAUCUGAGCAGAGAAAAUGGAUACUGUACAGGACGAACCAACCAAAUUCAAAACAAUGUUCAAUCCUUCAGCUCUGAUGAUGAGAGAACUGUUGAGGAGACGAGUAGUGACGGUGCUGUGUCAAAGCUUGACUACAGAAGAAGGAGACAUUCAUCUGGCAGGAAGGGGAAGAGGAGGCGUUUGUACCAAAACAAAAGGAAUGACUCCUACAUUAGCACAAAGAAAGAUCGGGGCAAGAGCAGAACAGAUGAAGAUCAACUCAAAGAGCUGAGCAUGUCACUUCCUGAGCUUCAACGGCAAAAAACAGCCACACUUUAUACUCUGAAGAAGCUAAGAGAGGAAAUGGAUCAAGCUAAGAGCGAGCAUCACUCUCUCCAGCUCAGUGUGAAGGACAGCAGUGCACAGGCUCAGAACAUCACGUGUGAGCUCCAAAGACUGCAGGCCCAGAGGAACUUAUGCUUGAAGGAGGUCAGGGUUCUGCAGGAGCAACAGUGUGCAAGUCGCAGUGUGUCUGUUCUGGAGAGGGAAGAGAUGGACAGACUGCUGGAUAAUGCCAAGUCAGAACUGUUCUCAGAACAGAGGCGUUUCAGACACAAACUGGACUCUAUGCAUGAGAGGCUGGAUGAGGUGAGUCAGGAGCUGGAGCAGAGCGAGGAGGACUGCAGGGCUCUCCGACAGAAAUGCACUGAGCUGGAGGAGCAGCUGGCUGAUACAAUCAGAGAAAAAGAACAAAUAAAGCAGACUUCUCAGAAAGAUCUAGAGCAGCAGGUGAAGUGUUUUGGAGUGCUGGAGCGAAUCGUUGCUCAGAAGGAGCUGCUUUUGCAGGGAACCGAAGACGCAAAGGAAGGCCUUCUUCAGGAGCUCUGUUCACUGAAAGAGGAGCACAGCUUUCAGCUGAGAGAAAUGCAGAACAAGAAAGAGCAAGAGAUUGAGCAACUGACAUUACAGUUAACCAAAAACCACAAAGAGGAGCUUCAAAAGGUGCAUCAACAGGCAGAUGCUUUGAGAUCAGCUGCUCUCAGUGAACAAGCUCAGACCCACAAACAGAGCUUGGACUUCUUACACAACUGCAUCCAGAUGAAAGAUGAGGAGAUAAAGAGACUAAAAGAGGCUCUAGAGCAGCAUGAGGAGAAGAUGAGGAGGCAAGCAGAGGAACUCAAAAGAGAAACUCAGGAAAAGAUUCGAAAGGCUGUGAAACGAGAGGAAAGGAAAUGGGAGGAACAGAGAGAGAAGGCUCUCAAAGAGCAGCGUGGGUCUCUGGAGCAACAAAUAGAGGAGGCAGUGAAGAGAGGGAGAACAGAAGUGGAGAAGGAGAGAAGGAACGCACUGGCCUUACAGAGUAAAGUGACAGAGCUUCAUAAAGAGGCAGAGAAGGAGGUGGUGCGUCUGAAGCAAACUUUGCAGCGAUCUGAAAAGGAGCUUCAGGAGCUGAGGACAGCCCUCUCUGAGAAAGACCAAAAACACCAGAGAAGAACAGCCAGACUUGAGCAGCAGAGCCGGCGCUGGGCGCAGGACAUACACAGCGAGUGUGUUUGCUUGCAAGAGUUACUGGCUGUUGACAACAAGAACUCAUCAGACAGUCCUACAGUGAGUGAAACUCUUCAGACCCUGCAGACCCUCACAAAGGCCCUACAACAGCAUAUUAAUGAUCUAAAAGAUGAGCUCAACUCACAGAGAUGUGCUGCACUGCAACUCAGCCGAGAAAAGGAACAAGAGCUUCAUCUGCAGAAACAGCAGCUGAUGGAUGAAAAGGAAAGAGCGCUGGCUGCUCUAAAAGAGAAACUCAUACAGGAGCACAUUGAGGAAAUGAGCAGCAUAUCUCGAGCACAGCUGCACAUGAAGCAUGAUGACACAGACGAACUGUGUGUCCAUCUGCGCAGGCAGCUGCAGGCCAAAGAUGAUGAGCUCAGACAGUUGCAGAACAACAUGACACAGUGGAAAGACAAAACCACUGCAAGACUUGCACACAAAUUUGAGCUGGAGCUUAAAGCAGAGCUGGAGAGGAGGGUCCAAAAGCCCAGAGCAGAGCAGCAGAAGAGACUGGAAAGACUGGAGAAUGAGAUGAGACAUCUGACUGGGCAAUGCCAAGACUACAAGGAAUACCAGUUGGCCUCCACUGCUCUUCAGGGUGCUACAGACUUCCAAAACUCUCAAGUCACCAAAGACCCGACCUCAUAUAAACUGCUACAGCAUCUCCAGAGUCGCAUUCGUCAGCUUCGAGCAGAGAGCCAAACCCGCUGCCCCAGCCCAGUGAAGUGGGACAGGGGUCCCACAGACCUGGGUGGGUCUUAUUUGGACACGAUUGCUCCAGCCCAGGACAGCUAUAGGACAGAGGAUCAUUUACCAGCGAAGACCGUCUCCAGUUAACAUUUACUUUCCAUUCUCUUGAAUUUAUUUGUCCAUUAGAUUGUUGAUUUUAUAGGAAAACCAUGUACAAGAAUAUAACUUCUUAAACCAUCUCUGUUGAGCUCAUGAUUAGCAAUGUUCAUGGUCUGGACACAGAAAUUAGCACUUCAUUGCAGGUGAAUGUUUCAUUUAGGACUGUUAAAGACCAAAUAUAUAUAUAGUGUUUAAAUUUACUGUGAAAUAAUGAACAGAUCUAGUGUGUUUAUAUAUAUAUAUAUAUAUAUAUAUGUGUGUGUGUGUGUGUGUGUAGCCAACAGUUUUUACAGCUGGUCAUUUAACUGUUAACUGUAUUUUUUGUGGAAGGUUUUUUUUGUGAUUUUUUUGUAAUUAUGAUUGUAAUUGAAUAACACUCCAUAAAACAGACAAUUCAUGUU